AUGUCUACUACAAUAAGAACCAUUUCACCAGAUAUAACAUUAUUCAACAAGACAUUGACAUUCCAGGAAAUUUCACCAAGCACCAGAGAAGCUAUUAUAUAUAUACAUGGUGGUGCGUGGAAUGAUCCUGAAAAUACACCUAAUGAUUUCAAUCAAUUAUCCAAUAUGAUCGAAUCGAUGGAUACUGAGUCAAGCGUUUGUCAAUAUUCUAUAGAGUAUAGAUUAUCACCAGAGAUCUCAAACCCUAGAAACUUAUAUGACGCUGUGGCAAAUAUAACGAGACUUGUUAAAGAAAAGGGAUUGGCAAACCUCAAUAUAGUGGGUCAUUCUGUUGGAGCUACCUUUAUCUGGCAAAUAUUAUCUGUACUAAAACAUUCUCAAGAGAGGAUGAAUGAGGCGCAAUUGCAAAUGUUGGAACUUUUGAAGAUCGUAAAGAGAGUAUUUUUACUGGAUGGCAUAUACUCAUUAAAGGAACUGUUGGAGGAGUAUCCUCAAUAUGAGUGUUUCACAAGACUAGCAUUCCCUGAUGGCAUUCAAUUGUAUGAGGAAGAACCUUUUAGAGUAAUGACAUAUGUGAAAAAAGCGCUUUCUUGCUUUCGCAUUGAUAUCCACUUAGUGCAUUCUUACCAGGAUGAAUUAUUAACGUUAAAACAAACAAACUCUUUAAUUGCUUGUCUUCAGAACUACCAAUUGAGUUUCAAGUUAUAUUUGGACGAUUUAGGUCUGCAUAAUGAUGUAUAUAAAAAUGGUAAAGUUGCAAAGUAUAUCUUUGAUACUAUUCAUCGAUAG